CUUGUCCUAUUGCUUAUUUGUAUGAUUGCUUAUAUAACUGCCAUAAAAAUGCCAACCCUUCACAGGCAUGAAGAAGAGAAAUUCUUCGUAAAUGCUGAAGGCAGGAAAGAAUCUGUACCAAGUAUACAUGAUCCCCCUACAAAGGAACUCUCUGUUGUUGUGCCUUCAUACAAUGAGGAAGAACGGUUACCUCUUAUGAUGGAUGAAGCUUUGGAUUAUCUAGAAAAAAGACAGAAACGAGAUCCUUCCUUCACUUAUGAAGUAAUAGUGGUUGACGAUGGUAGCAAAGAUCAAACCACAAAGGUUGCAAUGAAGUACUGCAAGAAAUAUGGAAGCGACAAAGUGCGAGUGCUUUCUUUGGUAAAAAAUCGAGGGAAAGGAGGAGCAGUCAGGAUGGGUGUAUUUAGUUCUCGGGGAAGAAAAAUUCUUAUGGCCGAUGCAGAUGGAGCUACAAAGUUUGCAGACAUUGAAAAAGUAGAAGAAGGUCUAAAAAGUCUUCAGCCAUGGCCUAACCAGAUGGCUAUUUCCUGUGGUUCUAGAGCUCAUCUGGAGAAGGACUCAAUAGCAAAGCGCUCUUACUUUCGAACUCUUCUUAUGUAUGGGUUCCACUUCCUUGUAUGGUUUCUCUGUGUCAAAGAGAUCAGGGACACGCAGUGUGGAUUUAAACUUUUAACCAGAGAAGCUGCCUUGCGGACUUUCUCAACUCUUCAUAUAGAACGCUGGGCGUUUGAUGUGGAACUUCUUUAUAUAGCUCAGCACUUGAGAAUACCUAUAGCAGAAGUUGCUGUCAACUGGACUGAAAUUGAAGGUUCUAAGUUAGUUCCCUUUUGGAGCUGGCUGCAGAUGGGCAGGGAUCUUCUUUUUAUACGACUGCGAUAUAUGACUGGUGCCUGGCAGCUUGAAACAAGAAAAUGUAAUUAG